AUGCAGCAGUUUCCCAGUGGCCCUGAUGAGAUUCAAGUGCCGUGGGAGCAAGUGCCGAAAUAUUCCCUGGAUGCGCUUCCAGACCCUCCGGAUGAUUAUAUGUUUCUUGGGCGUCCUUACAAUAGUAACUGGAGCAAAAUCCGAACCCCCUUACUCUAUCAACUGAGAAUAUUCGCCAAACUCUUUCUAUGGGGAUUUGAAUGUGGCACGGAUUCAAAGGGCGCUAUUCACAAGUCCCUUGCUAAGCUCAAUUAUUAUAUGAGACCGGAGUAUCAAUUCCGCACGCAAGACGAAAUGUUCGACCUCUCACGAGACGGUGGCCCGCGACUUCUGCGAUACACAAUUAGACCUACACCCUUCCCGGUCAGCCGCCAUUACCCUGGGUUGCUAACGGAGGAUGAGAUGCGGCAGCUUGGAGCGGAACAUUAUGCCCGCCCAGCAGAUGCACCGGCGGAUUUGGACGACAAAUUCAUUUUUCAAUUCUUACUGCCACCCCACACGCCUAUGACUCUACCAGCAAUCCCUCAACCACCUCAGCUGAGCCAGCUUGUGGAGGGGGCCCAACAAUCACAGGCACCGGAGCCGCAAAAGUACAAAUAUCUGAACGAUUUCAACCCCAAUCCCGUCCGAGAGGCAAUUGAAAAGGCUAUGGUCAACCUUUGCUACAAGAAACUCGAGAGGCACCCUCAUGCACCGACCAUGGCCCCAGUGGGUACCCGGGUCGCCGUUUCUAACAAUGACCUGGGCAUUGUGCAGGUCGGCACUCAUACGACUGUUUCGGAGGUGCGAUUGAAUCCGCACACACAUAAGUUUGACCCGGCGGGAUUUCCAUUUCCAUAUCGUGGUCGUGGUCCCGUCUGGGCCGAUGGGUCGUGUGCCAUUGAUACCGUUAUCGUGAUUGGCAUGCUGACCCAGGCCGGUUGUACCAUGAUUGACCGGGAAAAUGGUAUGGAAGAGAAAUUCACGGAGAUUGAAAAGGCCUACAUCCAGGUGACCAACAUGAACUGGGAUGCCUUUGAUGACAAGGUGUCGAUUGAGCUUCGCCAUUCGUUUUACAAUCUCCUAUGUGACCAUAUACCCGACAUCAAACGGGGCGAGUCAGUCCCGCCCUGGGUGGUUUGGGCCGAAUCCACCAGGAACUUUGCGCAAUUUCAGGUCAAAUACUUUGAGGAACCGAAAGAUGCAUGCUCCAUGUGUGAAAGAGUGGAGACCGAACGCAUCCCCGUGGUUGGCAAUUGCUUGAAUCCAUACAAGCAGGAUGGAGAUAACCAAGGUGUUGAGAUGUCGAAGUUGAUUGAACGGGCGUGGAGUCUAGAGCCUAUUCACUACAGCUGUGGGUAUUGUCUUGAACCGAAGGGGCCGAGCAGGUUGAGAUACGUGACAGAACUCCCUCUUCGCUUGGUAGUCACCGCAGGUUCUAGUUUCCGUGUUCUGGGCCACACCCAAAACCAGAAACUUGUUUACAGGGACGCGGACGGAAACAUCCAGACAGCGGUCUAUCGCUGGAUGGGCGGAGUCUACUACAAAAACGAUCAUGUCCGGGUCUUCUGGAACGACAGUGAAAGAGGCGAGUUUGACAUGGGCAACCUCCGCAAGUACGACGGCCAAGAUGCAGGGGGAGUCAUCAUCGGUAAUGUUUCGCCGUACUCACGAGAGGAACGAGUUGCGCCCGAGUGGCUCCAGGAGGGCCUUCCCGUCGCAAUGUACGAGCUCGUCAUCAACCCAAGCCAGGACAUGUUGCACGCCGCGGCGGAGACUAUCACCGAGAUGUCCAACCUCAUCGCUCAGGAUAAGCCCUUCCUCGUUCAGCAUUACCCUUGGUUUCCGCUCGUCGAGCGCAAGUCGCCUUACCUCCCUCUGGAGCGCAUCCUCCCUGACACCGGCGAGCGAUACUACGAGAAGGCUCUCACACCAACGCCAGAAGUGCAACAGCCGCAGAACACCGACAUGAAUGAAGUCCUGGCCGAACAGCUCGCCGAAUGGAGAAUGCAAUCCGGCACCGACGUCUUAGAAAGUCUGAACGCCGAAAUGGAACAAAUGGAUCCCGGUCUUCUCCAACGCCUCGCACACAGCGAGCCUCUCUUCAGCUCAUUCAACGACGACCCGAACGACCUCAUCAAUCAUCUGGAAAUGUGGCCCGAGGCCGCGCCCCCACAAGAAGGUGGUACAACUACAUUCCCCAAUCUUCCCAAAACCCCGACCAUGCCCAGUGCUCCGGGUGCUCCGGGUGCUUCGAAGAGUCCGUACUGGAAUUGGAUCAAUUUGUCUCCGAACAAGAACGCCAAGGCAGGCGGGUUUAGAAGUCCUGGCGAGAAAACGGUGACGGUGGUGAAUAUUCGUGAUGAUUGUCGUGUUGGUCCGUCGCCGUACCAGUUGUACAAGGUUCCUGUCAAGUCUAUCAAGGCUGCGAUGAGGCGACUUAGUGCGGCGCAGCUGCAGAGUCGGAGUCUGCCGAAGAAGAGGUCGAGAUUGGAGGAGUUGAAGGAUGAUGAAGCGGGCAAUAAGAGGACGAUGAGGAAAAGUAAGAGGUGA